CUAAAUGCAUGUUAUUUGUAUAUGCUUAGUGGGAAACCAUGUAAAAUACUUAGAUGUAAAAAGCGUGUUUGUUGGACGUGUUCCCUCUAGGAAAUGCUGCUUAAUGGAUGUGGCCUUUCAGGAUAUUAGCAAAAUUGUUUAUGCUUUAAUGUUAAAAGAUUCUACAUCAAAUAAAUUUUUCACUUCCAACCAAAUGACGAUAGAUAAAUGUUGGAUAGUUUAAGGUGUAUAGCAUAUUUUUCAUUUAUAAAAUAUGUCCUGCUUUGCUUUGAAUAAAGCUUUCGUAGAUUCCAGCAAUUUAGAAGUAGCAGCACUUAUCAAAGUUUAUCAAUUCGCUAAACAUUUAUAACAGGAAUCAUUUGGAAAAUAAAUAGUUUACUACAGAUAAAAUAUAUUUCUUUUAACAGAGAGAAGUGUUUCUAUUUUUUGAAGGAAUAUCCUGAUGUUUUAAAAAGUGCUAUGAAAAAUGUGAGGAUAAAUUUUGAAAAUUCUAUGUAAAACGAUGGCUUCAAAAUAAGCAUUAGCGCUUUGCUUAACAGCAAAACGAAUUCUGAAAGCUGGAUCUAAAUUUUCCAGCCGAGUGCUCCUCAGACGAAGAUGUCACCAAAGACAGAUUAUAUUCUUUUGGGAUAUUGUAAGCUACAGAGAGAAGACGGGUUUCCAUGUGUGUUGGUUGUGGUUCGCAGAUACAUGACCAGUUUAUUUUGCGUGUGGCACCGGACUUGGAGUGGCAUGCAUCUUGUCUAAAAUGUGUAGACUGUAGUCAGUUUUUAGAUGAAAGCUGUACUUGUUUUGUAAGAGAUGGCAAAACAUACUGUAGGAGUGAUUACGCUCGAUUAUUUGGUGCGAAAUGUUCAAAGUGUCAAAUGACAUUCACAAGAAACGACUUUGUGAUGAGGGCGCGGGACAAUAUGUACCAUAUAGACUGUUUUCGUUGUGUAGCUUGCAGUAGACAACUUAUUCCUGGAGAUGAAUUCGCUCUUAAAGAAGAAGAACUUUUUUGUAAGGCAGAUCAUGAUGUCGUGGAGCGAGCAUCUACAAAAGAAAAUGGAGCGGAUGAUAUAAACAUUAGAAACAAUAAAAACACAACUGAAAAUUUAAAUAAUGAUAACAAUAAUAACAAAAAGGAAAAUGGAUUACAUCAAAAUUCAGGUAGCAGAGAUCAUAAUUCUCAUUCAAAUUCGAAAAAUAGUGAAUCAAGACGCAAGACAGACCAAAAGCCGACACGUGUACGAACGGUCUUGAAUGAAAAACAGCUGCAUACACUUCGCACGUGCUACAAUGCAAACCCACGCCCUGACGCAUUAAUGAAAGAACAACUAGUAGAAAUGACAAAUUUAAGCCCUAGAGUUAUUAGAGUAUGGUUCCAGAAUAAGAGAUGUAAAGAUAAGAAAAGAAGUAUUCUCAUGAAACAAAUGCAACAACAACAGCAAGACAAGAAUGGAGGACGAUUACAUGGUCCAUUGCAAGGAGUUCCGAUGGUUGCUUCAAGUCCUGUUCGACAUGAGAGUCCCAUGCAAGUGAAUCCAGUUGAAGUGCAAAGCUAUCAACCUCCGUGGCAAGCACUCAGUGAUUUUGCAAUGAAAAAUGACAUGGAACAACCCCCGUUUCAACAACUGAUGAAUUCAUUUGACAAUAUGGAUUCUGACAGUACCUCUUCGUAUCACAACGAUAAUGCUGUUUACAAUGACAGUUACGUGUGGAGCCAGCCAGAUCAUGAUAACGGACAAUUUUCAGACUCGGACUACCAUGAAUCGGAAAUGUCAAGUCCAUUGAGUCAGUAAUACUUGACGAUGGAACUUUAGUGCGCGGAGGAACGAUUCUCAAUUCAGGGACAGUAAUUACACAAUCACACAAUGGACUUGUGACUUUUCCGGAAGUAGCUGUGUUAUUUCCGGUCUUUAUAAAAAUGAUGAUUUCUGUGCAGUAGACAAUUUUGUUGUUGUGAUUUUGUGGUCAAGUUUAUUUAAGAAAACAAAAAAUGUAAAAAUAGACUACGUUUUGUUCAGUUGGUAUAAUCAUGCUUGGUUGUCUUGUGAUUUUUUUACGUUUAGAGAAACACUGACGUCUCUUAAUAUAUUCAGAAAAAAAACUCUUUAAAAUUUUAAAGGAAAGAGCGUUGUAAGCAUUUAUUUCUUGAAAAUUGACUACCAUGUAGUUGUUCACUUGUUACCUGCUGGCAAACAUUUUAUGUUACCUUGGUUGACUCACUUCUCGUUUCUUGAAAAAGCUCUACAAGCAUACACCAACUUAAUGCAUUUGAUUUCCAGUUUUGUUUGUUUCUCAGCUGAGCUGAGAGAUUUUCACGUGUAUACAUUCUUAAUAUAUGUUGAGUCCACAGAAAAUCAAACGUUGUUGAUCUUUUAUUUGCUCAUUUUUUUGUGACUUUACACAAACAAGUUUAGUUAUCGUAUUGGAUGGCAAAUGUAUGUUUUAUGAAAUUUUAAUUUAUUAUUACUAUUUAUUAAUAAAUCUAUCAAAAUAUCUUGUA